CGCUCUCUUUCACCCCCGCGACUCAGCAAUUAUUCACCGCCAAGACCACCGUCGAAGACUUACCGGAGUUCUCUACGGUACCCUAAAUCCACCACCUUCUUCUCCGUUUCCGCUUUUUUUUUAGGUAGGUUUGGAGGAUUCUAUAGCUUGUGGAAAUACAGAGAGACACCAUGAACACUGAGAAUAAUAAUCAAACUACUACUACUACUACGACAACUCUCUCGAAAGUGAUCUCUCAUGUUUUUGUCACUGGUACUGCUAAGCAAGGCUCUCUUGGUCCACCCAUCGGUCUUGUCGAUAUUGGCGUUAGCGAAGCUGCCUACAUCUUCAGAGUCUCUCUCCCUGGCAUUGAGAAAAAUCAAAAUAAGAUCAAAUGUGAGAUUCAGAGGGAGGGAAGAGUAUGCAUCCAAGGAGUAGUGCCUGAGAUUGCGAUUCCAAGUGAAACCGGAUACUUGUACAGAAUGCAGGUGCAACAGCUCUGCCCUCCUGGUCCAUUCUCAAUCACGUUUAACCUUCCGGGACAAGUGGAUCCUCGUUUGUUUUCUCCUACGUUUAGAUCUGAUGGGAUCCUUGAAGUUGUUGUCGUCAAGCUCGGAGUGCGUGUCCCAACUUCAUAGUUCAAGUUUUCAUAUAACUAGGAGGAUAUCCAUCUCACUUAAAUCAGCAUUUAUAAGUAGCAUUCGGCCCGACCUAUAUAGGUCUUUUGGUUCAGAUUCAGAUGUUAGAGAGUCAAGACUGUUCUAGUUUUUUUUUUCUUUUUUUUUGUAAAAUCUUGUUCAAUGAUCAGAUUCCUUGAGAUGUU